UUAGGUGAUUUGAAAUUUCAAUCAAAAAGUAGUUGGAGCCACCUCCGUAGAUUAAAUGAAUUUGUCACAACUUGCUUUUUACAGGAUGGACUUGUUCACACUUGCUUGGAGCCUGUGGAAAUCCUUUAUCUAACCAUUGCUUACGAUUGGUUCCUUUUUGGGCAUAUGUUGUCCGAUAGACUAAGCAAGGGAGAGGAGAUUUUCUUCUUCUGCUUCAAUUUUUUGAAGCACAUCACCUCAGAAGAAUUCUCUGUAAUAAAGAAAUCCAGAAGGAAGGCCGCGCAUUGUAAAGAAGCUCAGUUCCCUAUGGAAGAUCUUUGUCUGCUAGCGCAUACAGACCGAGGAAGUACCACCAGCCUGAGCAGCGAUUUCUCAGUCAUCAUGGAGGAGUCUCCCACUACUACAGGGACUUUCAAUUAUGAAGCAUUGGAAAUGACAACAGGCCCAGCAACGCAGGUUGCUUGGAGAAAAGGCCGAACGUCGUCACCACAGACUGUUAUGUGGAAUAAACCUUACCUGCCUAACCAACUAGAGGAUCGGUUCUUACAACAUGGUAUACCUGAAGCUAGGUCAUCGUUCUACCAAUCAGAAAAUAACUUCAGAACAGGAAGUAGCAGCCCCUUGGCUGUUCCUGAAAGAAGCUCCACAGAGUAUUCCCAAUCUUCAUCCUCUUCCACGGAUUAUGGCAGCUGGCAGAUCGUGUCUGGCUGUGGCAGUAUUCAUGACCAGACUGUAGUUACCAAUGACUCACCCCUCCCCUUCAGUGUACAAGAUGAUGGAGCCAAUGGAAGACUCUAUCAGCACAUCCCAGAACGCAGGGCCAAGUUGGAGGAAGUCAGAGCCAUAUUUUUGUCUGCAUACAGUGCAACUGUGGGCCUCCGAUCUGUAUCGUCCAGUCCAUCGUCAUCCAUUGGUGGACUUCUGGAACAGUUUGCACGUGGAGUUGGGCUGAGAGGCACAAACAGCAUUGUCUGACAUAGCUGGCUUUUGUUUUUUUUUCUUACAAAAAAAAGUAUGGAUCACUGUGCAGAUAGUGACUGUGACAAUGCCAAAGAUGGACUUGUGAAUUUGUUUUUCAACUCGAUAAUAUAUUUCAUUUUUUGACCUUAGAUAGUAUUUAGGUAUUUGUGUUUCUUCUCCAGUUCAUUUCUCCACCUUCCAGAAAUAGUCACUGUCCCCCAUCUCACGUCUAUUCCACAAAUAUUGGUGAAAGGAAGUAAAAAUAAAACAAAUUCAGCCUUUGGUACAGGACUACUUAUUCAUGAAUUUUUUUUUGCCUCCUCUCAUUUAUAUUGGAAAAACUUGUCACAACUAUUAUUUUCCAGUUGGAGAUCCCAUAUUAUGAAGCAAUUGGAAGUAGUGGUGAACACAUCCAGUGACAUUUUUAAAUCUUUUUUAAAAAUUGCCAUCAUUGUUAACAUACUCCAGUCUAUGAUCACCUGACUGUAUAGAAGAAUUUGGGUCUUGCAUCUUCCUUCUCAGGCUGCUUUUCAAGAUGGUUAGGUGUGAUGAAAUUAGUUCUUUUAAUUAAGGAGCUAGACUGCAAUAGAGUUGUUUCUUUAAAAAAAAUUAGCAAAAUUUCAGCAUGGUUGAUUUCUUUCUUACAAGUGUGGGUCUUAUUGUGGUGUACUCUUGUUGAUAUAGUGGGAUAAUGUGUUUGGCAUAGUCGUCAAUCCUAAUUACGCUAACUUAUAGAAUGGUGGGAGCGAGAGAUGGUCUAAUCAAAUCUGAGAGAAUUAAAUUUAGAAGCAACUAGCUCAAGCAACUUGAGUGGCCACAAAGGCAAGUUACCUGGUAAGUACAGGAACUAACCACUGCUGUGUUUUUUCAUACAUUUAACUACUGCCACUAAUAAAACUGUCAGUAGUAAAUGAUUUGGCUUCAGUAAGGUUCUGCUAAGCUUCUAACAACUUGUUCAACAAACGAAUACUGUUUGUCAAUUUAAGAAAGAAUACAAUAGUAAGAUGGUAUGUUGUCAUUAGCAGAUCUAAUUUAAUUCAGCGUUAGACUUAUUUUCUAAAGAUUUAAGAUUGUUUCUAUUUUUUUAAUACUGCAUUUAACCUGCUUGAGAAACUUGGAUAAUAUUUUUGUAACAUUUUUCUUUAAAAAUAUUUAUUUUAAGCAUCCAUGUUUCCUCUUAAAAUGUAAUUGUUCUUCUCUGGGUUCCUGCUAUUCACAUUUUACAACUUUUUUUAUUUUGUUGCCGUUGAAGAUUAAGUGAAGAGAGAACUGUGUAUUGCAGCAUUUGAAUUGCAAAUCUUGGAGUUUAAAUUUCAUGCUUCAGCUCUUUAUAGGAUGGAGACCAUUCAAUGGUUAAAUGACCUUAAUGUUUUGAUCAAGCUGUUGACUCUUAGAUCAGCAUUGAAGACUUUAACAUGGAAGAGCAUAAGAAAGGUCAAGGAUGAUGAAAGACUGUAGUCCAUCAAAGUUCACUCCUCCAAUGCCACAAUUCUCCCAUUAUGUCCAGUUACAUUUUGAAUGCCUAAUUUUGUUGCCUAACCUAGGUAGCAAACCUAUCCUAACAUUUUGCACUGAGUAAAGAAUAGCAACCGAGUAAUUGUUCCAAACUUUGGAUUUCACUAAUUUAAAUCCACCUCACUUAGAGAUGUGUUUGCCAUAUCUGUGGUAUUUUAACCUUCUUCACAGAUCCUCUCCUCCUCCUUCCGCCCCUUCACCCACCUCUAUGUUUCUGGAAUCACUUUUAGGAUUAGGUUUUUGUUUAUUCUAAAUUUAAAAGGUGUGAGGAGGAUGCAGUAGCACUUGUUAAAAAAUAAAACAAUAUUUUGAGUGUAGAUCUCUCAAAAUCUACUGUAAAUGAAAACCAGUAUACCUAAAAUGUUAAUUGCCUUGUAUCACUUCAGCUGCUGGCCAACCUGUUGUACAUUUCCAACACUCUCUUUUUAUUUCAGAUUUCCAGAACUUAAUUUUUUUUUAAAUUCCUGCAGUUCUUUAUAUACUUUACUUCCCAGUCCACUCCUACCCUCUGUGACUGACCAUAAACAAUACGUAGUAUUGCACAUGGUAAUACUUUAUUCUUAAUAAGUAUUGAUAAGACAGUUCAAACUGAUCAUGGUAAGUUGGUUUUUU